CCUAGAACAACACUUUCAAUCAUGUACUAUAUCAUGCGAUUUACUUAUGUAUAUACCAUUCUACGGAGGUCACGCUAAUCAUACGGCCGAAAUAUUACAGAUGCCAUGUUAUCAGAGAGACAACACCGCCGACGUCGAAGGCCGGCUUUAUCUUGUCUUGAGUGCCGGCGCCGCAAGAUCAAGUGCAACCGGAACGAACCAUGUGCACAUUGUGUCUCUGCCAAGUUAAAAUGCAUCUACAGGGUUUAUAGCGACGAGCCCGUUAGCCAACUGCCGCUAAGGCCAGGUAUUUCGCCUGUAGAAACGUCAAGCUCGUCAAGCCAUGUACCUUCACUUUCAGUAGCCCAGACCCAGGAGCUUGACACCAACAGACCAAUCACGGAACAUGAAACCAAUCACUCUAGUCAUCGGGUAGGACAAUCAUCGGCAGAUGAUGCGGUAGGAUCAUUGUCUAUGAGAGGUCAGAAUGAUAGACCAGGCACGAUUGUUCCCGGCCUUGACCCUAGCAACCUUCAACCACAUGUAUCUACUCUAGAAGCCGAACCAGGUCUCGUAGGUAUCCUUCAACGAGGACAGAACACCUCUUCCAAGUCUUCGGUACUUAGCCCUAUGAAUGGGCUAUCUGAAAAUAGCCGAGACAUACUUGCGCGCCAGCUAGGGCUGCAGGACUCGCAGAUAAUUCUUAAUAAAACAAGAAUCUUAGGGUGGAGCCUUAGAAUAGGCACAGCCCCGGAGUUUGCACCUCUAAUUGCCUGCUAUGUUGCAGCUGCAAAUACUGCCAAAGGGAUCUUGCCUCAAGAUACUGAAAAGGGAGCCCUGUAUGCCCAGAUAUGGACUCUUCUUCAGAAAUGUAAAAACAUAGCAAGAAGUAUCAAGCUAGGAAGGCCUAGCAGAUGGCUCUCAUACCCCGAUUUCGACCUUGUACCUCCCGUGAGGGAGGUAGCGGAUGCUAUGGCAACUUCAUAUUUCCAAUCAUUCGAAUCGACGUACAGAAUAAUACAUGCGCCUACUUUUUGGUCCGAAUAUCAGAGACUUUGGGACUGUCCAGAAAGCGUCACGACCAGCUUGCGCCUUAAGAUUCUCCUUGUAAUCGGGAUAGGAUCGAGCCUAUCUAACCAUACAGAUAGUGAUCCUGGGUUUCGUAAUAUAGUUCCCCAAUGGGUAUACGCCGCCCAGACAUGGCUCUCUGGACCCCUGGAAAAAGAUCGUUUGGAUAUUACCGGGAUCCAAAUCUACUGCUUAACCAUUCUAGCACGACAGAUAUUCUCAAUCGGCGGCGAUCUGGUCUGGGUGUCAUCGGGAUCGCUUAUGCAUAUGGCAAUGCAAAUUGGGUUGCACCGCGACCCCAGGCAUCUCCCAAGAAUGCCCAUCCUACAAGCUGAACUCCGUAGAAGACUGUGGGCUACUGUACUUGAGAUAGUUGUACAAUCAUCUUUAGAUUCUGCAAUGCCGCCUAGAAUCUCCUUUGAUGACUUUGACACCGAAGCGCCGUCAAAUAGCAACGAUGAUGAGAUGGAUGGGACGACUACGACACUCCAGCCACACCCAAGGGACAGCUAUACUUCAACAUCACUACAACUUAUCCUACUUGACUUAGUACCAAUACGUCUUCGGAUUCUACAGCUUCUAAACGGCUUGCAUUCCGAACUUGCUUACAUGGAUGCCCUUGCUUUGAGCUCAGAGCUUACCGACAAGUAUCGCUCGUAUAGUAGCUUCAUAAGAGACAACGAUAGGUCGGGCGUGACACCAUUUCAUAGAAAUCUACUUGAUCACUUGGUGCGGCGAUUCUUAAUCCCCCUCCAUUGCCCUUUCGCCAGCGAAGCGCGAGCAAACCCCCUAUUUUAUUAUUCGCUAAAGGUUACACUGGACUCAGCUAUCACUCUUAUUUCCCCUGAGCCCGACGAGAGGUUUUCUCGUCUUAUGGCUAUUGGUGGGGGCAUGUUUAGAGAGGGAUUCAGGUACGCAAUAGCUGUCAUUACUCGCGAGCUUGUCUCCCAAGUUGAGGCACAACAUACCGACGGGGUACACCGACGUAAUUCUCAGGAUAUUGAAAAUCUGAAGAAAGCUGUAACAGAUAUGAUCUCGUUAUCAUUAGAGCGUAUCCGACAAGGCGAGACUAACGUCAAGGGGCCUAUGUUCCUCAGCAUGAUCAUGGCUCAAGUGGAAGCUAUAGAGGAAGGAGUUCCGUACGACCUCAGGAUUGCACAAAGUGGAAAAGACAGCCUUGAACUAUGUGUUAGCUUGCUAGAAGAACAAGCGGGCAGCAUCUCUUCGCCGCGUCCUAGUAAUAUUGGCUUGACGCCAAAUAGUCUGGACGGUGGGUAUGGGAUGGAUUUAGAUUUCGACUUGGAGUUUUUGAUGACCGAUCCGGGCUUUGCUUGAGAGUUUGCCUAUUAUGUAUGGCGUAUUUGCCUCUCUAACACGCCUCCAGUCUGUUCUUGAGCGUAGCUCGUUCAAGUUCCUUAUUCCCAUUUUCCGCAUGCGAUUGAGUAAAGAGAGCCCUACGCAUUAACUGGCUCGUACUUUACAUAAACCAAGAUUGGCUUGUAAUGAAGUCCACAUCUAGAGUCAAGGAGCAGAUGAGCUCAUGCGGUAUUGGUAUAGUAGGAAAUAUGAAGCAUGAGAGAAAAUAAAUUACAACGUCAAGUUUGUACAAAUGCAACGAGCCU